AUGGAGAUCCGUAUGGAUUUCUUGACUUGUCUUGAUCACGACACAUCAAUGAAGAUUCUCAGGUGUUUGGAAGAUCCGUCUGAUCUUGUCCGUGUUAGUUCUGUCUCUCGUUCUUGGCGACAAUUUGUGAUUGCAAAUGGUCUUUGUAAGCAGCUAUGCUUGAGAAUGUUUCCUCACCUGCUUAGAGUUGAUUGUGUCAUUGAACCCAGUUGUGGUAUGGAAAAAGCUUCGGAAGUCGGAUGCAGCAAAUUGGUGGAAUGGGAAACUCUGAAGAGGGAGCAUAAAGCGUAUGCCUUUCUAGCUCAAGGGUGCAUGUCAUUUCCUUUUAGAGAGUGCAUUGGGGAUGCAAUAAGUGCCUCUAGCACUGAUAAUUAUCCAGAGGAAAGCAUUCGUAACACUUUGCAACCAGGAGACCGUAUUGGAAGGAGAGCUUCAUACUGGUCGAGUAAAGGACAACGUAAUGCUGCAGUACCUGAGACACUUUGGCGUUCACCUAUAUAUUCGGCUAAAUCUGUGCGGUUUCGUUUGGGUCAUCCCAAGUGCCCCAUGGAUGAUCCUUUGGGUGAACCAUUGGAUGACUGUGCUGAUGACAGGUUCAUAUGGACUUACUCUUCACCAGAGUUUCCAAUGGCCCAGGUCAUAGGGAACUAUUGGUUGACAUAUGCGCAGGUGCAGCAUCCUAUUGUCAGCCAUAGUAAAUGGAUCUGUCUUAGUUACUUUUGCACGAAAUUUGUGCAAUCUAAGAUAGACAUGGAGCUGGGAUCCAAUAUCUACACGUGGGAGAAUGCAUCUGUGUUGGUUACUUGUUGCAGGGAAGCUUGGAGAGAGAGCAGCUUGCAGAACUUCAAGCUUCCAGAACCUGUUGUUUGCAUUGGUGGAAUUUUGCAGAUUGAGCUGUUGGGAAGGGUUCAGAGGCAAGAAAUGGAUGGCUUAUUCUAUAUAUGCGUGGCUCACGUUCAAGUUAAAGGCAGGCCAUUAUCACCAGCAUUUGGUGUUGAAAUUCUUGCACCUUCUGGAAAGUUUGUAUUGAAAGCCCAGAGUUGUACCCCACCAAGCAUACCUGAUGAUGACUCCUCAUAUCGAGGUGGGCAUUUGCAUGGGCGUGUUGAUUUGGAGCAGAUUGUGAAUGUGCUGAGGGGAGGAGGAGUACUAGUUGAAUAUGAUUGGAAUUCAGAGGAUGAUGAAGUGGAUGAUGAGUUAGCUUUCUAG